AUGAGGAACUCGGGAGAACAGCUGGCCAGAGUCCUCAGGAACCAGUGCGGUGCUGGGACAAUGCAGAGGGGACCGUGGCACCUAGGACCGGGACAGAACUUGGGGCCGUGGGCAGCAGCCCCUGCAGGAAGCUCUGAGAAUGCUGGCUGUGGCCACGUCUGUGACGAGGGCAGUGUCCCUUGCUGGAGCCGGAUAACCUAUGGGGGUGAUGCCGCAGGUGACCGAUGCCUCCUCCCCCCAAUGUCCUUUGUCUCGUAGAUGGGCAUCUGUGGAAUGAACUGGAACCGGGUGCUCCCAGAAGCUGGGGACGCCAACAAGAAGAAGACUGUGCCACCCCGCCUGUCCAGGGUCAAUGGCUGGACACCGCCCCUGCACAUCUUCCAGGCCAUAUCCUGGUCGACCUUACUGCUCUUGUCAUUUGUGGCCUUCGGAAUGUUUCUUCCCCUCCUGCCUGGUGUCUGGAAGCACGUUGCCUACGCUGUGUUGGGUGGUCUGCUCACCUUCCACGUCAUUGUGCACCUGGUUGCCACCUCCACCGACCCAGCUGAAGACAUGGUCCGACUCACCAAGAACUACUCGGAGCCCGUGCCCAUCUUCGACCGAACCAAACACACCCACGUCAUCCAGAACGAGUAUUGCCACCUGUGUGAACUCAUGGUGAGCCCAAACACCAAACACUGCAUCUCGUGCAACAAGUGUGUGUCCGGCUUUGACCACCACUGCAAGUGGCUGAACAACUGUGUGGGCAAGAGAAACUACAUGGUUUUCUUCUUCACCGUGGCAUCAGCCGUGGGUAGCCUGAUCAUCGUCAUCGUCAUCUUGCUGUACAUUGUCAUCCAGCACUUUGUCAACCCCCACCAGCUCCGCACAGACCCCCGGUAUAAAGAAGUGAAGUCGGACAACAUCUGGCUGCUCUUCCUUCCGCUGUGGCCCGUGGAGGUGAGGACCCCCGUGGUCCUUUCCAUCAUCGCGCCCGUCCUGCUGCUGGCUCUCAUCAGCCUGCUGAUGCUGGGGCGUCUGCUGCUCAUCCACAUCUACCUGAGGGCCAAGAACAUGAGCACCUUUGACUACAUAAUGCAGGACCAUCUCAAGAAGAAUGUAGGCUCAGCAGACCAGAAAAAGGCGUCUUCGGGGACGAAAGUGACCUUUCAAAAGGUAUGGCUGUCCAGCUACGUCAUGAUCACGGGGGGCAUGGGGGGCUGGGGCUGGCGUUCAGGCGCUUCCUGCACAAAGAACUCGAGGCCAUACCCUGAGCUGUUGAAACCGCCUGGGGACUCUGGAAGCGUGUGUAGCGUGUGGUAG